CAGCUUUCCCCUAAUUUUUCCGAGGUUCGACUAAAAAUUUUGCUAAAAUGACUGUAGUACUAUAUAAAAUAAAAUUGAACAGAAAAAAAAACAAAAAAAUAAAAAUAUGAAAAAUAAAAAUAAUGCAAAAAAACAUGUGAUGACGUCAUAAUUGAGCUCCGGAGUGCUCCCGAUCCGCUCGUCAUAUGUAAACCCGCGUAUUUUAUGAUAAUAAGUUUACCGAAUUCAGAUAGUUUCACUUUUCUGAAUUCUGAUCUAUCAAAAAUGUUCUAUAAUUUUUAUAAAUGGCAUAAUUAUUAUUAUUGAAAUCUCCUAAUCAGAAUGGAUUUCAAACAAUCAAUAACCGAUGAAAAUUUACCUCGUGAAUGGAACAGUGUGAUCGUUCCAGAAAAACGUACAGAAGAUCGAAUCUACAUCCGUUGUAAUAUUUCCAACUUGGAUGAUAUCAAAGCCUGGGUAGAUGCAUUUUCCAGGAAUACCUCGACCCAAUGGAAAGCUCGAAGUUCGAAACCAAAUCGUUCCAUUAAGCUCGUUUGUCAGAAAAUCUACGUUUGUCAUCACAGUUCCUACCAAAAAAGACCAACCGAUGAAAGGAAUCAUAAUAAGCGUGGUAUAUCGAAGAAUACCUCCUGUUUAGCCAGUAUGACUCUUUCCGUCAAAAUAACAUCUCGUUAUACCAAACGAAGAGAUCCUUACAUAAAAGACGGCCUACCAGGCGUGAUAAUUAUACGCAGAUGUCAUAAUCAUCCGUUGGAUUCUGCUUAUGCGUUGAAAUGUUUAACACCGAUGGAGCCCGUGAAAGAAAAAUUCCUCGAGUAUUUCAAAUUGGGCAUGAGUAUCUCCGCUGCUUGUCGAUAUCACGAGAAUACUCUGGUUUUUGACAAUUUCAACGAAGAUUUUUCCAAAGAUGGUAAACGUAGUAAAGAUAUCGAAAGCGUGUUGAAUAAUUCUCGUUUGAAUCCCGCCCAUCGAAUGGUACAACAUUGGUUUAGUAAAUGGAAGAAGGUAGAUAAUGAUCCGAGAGAUGGCUCGUUUAUAAAAGAGAAACUGAAUGCUAAAAUUUCAACGUACGAGUCCGAAGGUACAAUCAUCAAGUACAUAGAUACCGAAAACGAUCCUUUUACGAUGGUCGUCUUUACACCAAUUAUGCAACGAAUGCAUCGCAGUGUGUUUUCCAAAGAUAUACUGUUUAUCGAUUCGGCAUCUUGUUGUUAUGCGGAAAAAUACUCGAUUACGUUCCUGUUGAGUCCAACUCCCUGCGGUGUUGUACCUUGCGGUGUUCUAGUUACGAAAGACCAAACCGAAGAAUCGUUCGAAAAUGGUUUCAGACUGUUUCAAGAUAUAACUAAAGAGAAAUUAGGAUCAAGUUUUUACCAACAGAAUUACCCAUCGGUGAUAAUUAGCGACGAUUUUGUCGUAGGAACAGUAGCGGAGAACGUUUGGCCUGGCAGUACUUCGUUUUUAUGUACGUUUCGUGUAUUACAGUGUGUUUCACUUUGGUUAGAAGAUGAAAAAAAUGGUAUUCCGGAAGAACGUAGACGCGAUUUAUUGUCUACUUUCCAAACCACGUUAUACUGCGCUGAUAGAUCCGAAGCUGAAAACGCAUUCGAGAGUGCGAUGGCGAUAGGCGCCGAUUAUCCGGAAUGGCAAGAUUAUCUAAGAGAUUUGUACACAUUGAAAGAGAAAUGGUGUCUAGCGUAUCGCGUCGGAAUCACUACUCAUUUCAUGAGUAAAUACGUGGAUAUUUCGAUUCGGCUGUACAAAGAGACCAUUUUGAAUCGAGUCAAGAAAUACAAUAUUAUCAUAUUAACCGAGUUCGUCGCGUCAACGAUGGAGUCAUUUUAUAGGAAAAAACUGCUCAACUUUUACGACGAUUCUAAAGACUGCGAGAGCCAUUCGUAUCUACGGUAUGUUUUUCAAGAAGCUGAUAGAAUCCAAAAAGAGAACAUCGUGUUGAUCGACGAACACACUUACGGAGUACCCUGUGAUGAAAACACGUCCGGUGCGAUGUACUCAGUUGAUAUUAGAAGAAACACGUGUAAUUGUAAGAUUGGUCUGGCGAAUCAGCUGUGUGAGCAUGUUGCCGCAGUUUACCGAGCGUUUUAUUCGAAAAGUGAUACGAGUCCUGCGGUUAUUGUUGAAGAUCGACAUGCGAUGGCUUCGAUUGCUGUAGAAGAAGAUAACGUGUUUAAUUAUUCGCUUCCUCCUGUUUCUGCUAAAAUGAAAACUGAGAAUCUUGAAAUUUACGAGUACGAUAUCGAUAAUAUUUGUAUGUCUCCAUGUGCCAGUCCUGAAAGUCCUGAAAACUCCGCUACAGUUGUUAAGCCGAAUAAAUCAACUUUCGAUGAAAUACUCACAACGAUGAGGGAUUUGCACGAAAAAUUUGGUUCGUCGGCUUCGGCAAAAAAGGCCUUAAGUAAACUUUUGGUGAGAUUAAAAGAAAUCAAGACUGGUGAAGAUUGGGUGAAUUUCUUACAUUGCGCUGCGGGAAGUCCUCUUCGUCAACGUUCGAUAAUCAAAGUUCAACCGAGUGUGAUUCAGCGAAGGAAACUUCAAAUGGCUCGUCGACAUAUUCUAAUAAGAAACAGUGGCAAUAUAAUCAAAAAGAAAUGAAAAACAGGUGUAAAUAUUGCCAAGAUGGCGAAUAUGUUUGAUUAAUGAGUUAUGGGUGUCCACUGUCCAGUGGUUUAUUUUUGUGCGUAUUUUUCAGUGCUCGUACUCGGUUCUAUUGCCCCAGAACUUGCCAAAAAAUGUUGCUUUUUCACCAAACAAUUGAAACAAGUUUUGCAUUUGAUUAUUUUAGCCAAAAAUAGAUAAUAAUCGUCGCUUUUUAGCAAAAUUGCUAGAAAAAAACUAGCCUGUUUUUGAAAAUGUGCUCAAAUGGUGUCGGUUUUUUGAAAAACAGUCAUCAAUUAAUUGCUAAUAAGUAAAGGUUUGUUUUUUUUACCAGAAAGUUUUAAAAAUAACCUUUUUACUGAGAAGUCUUACUUUUUGCUGGAAUUUGUCGGUCUUGGUUUUUUCUAAAAAUUACUUUUAAAAAAUCUCGUUUUUUCAACAAAAAAUAAUUGCAAGUAAAGUUUAGCUAGAAAAUGCCAAAAAGUACCACUUUUUUUCCAAAUUUCAAAGUUUUGUUUUCUAAAAAAAAAAAAUGAUAAAAAAUCUUCACUUUUGUAAAAAUUGUCAAAAAGUUUCAAUUCUUGCUAAAAAUUAUCGUUCUUUUGCAAAAUUUCGCCAAGUUCAACUUUUUUUAAACCAUAAUUUUACCCGAAAGUCUGUUUUUAUUGUUGCUGCCACCGAAAAGUUGAAAAAAAUUUGAUUUUUCGACAAUAAUUGCGAAAAAGUAGGAAUCAUUUUUUUGUAAUGAUUAUCAAAGUCUUGCUUUUUGAUAAAAGUUGAAGUUUAAAUUUUUGCCAAAAAUUGACCAAAAAAAUCUUACUUUUUUCCAAAAAUCCCCCGAAAUCGUUCUUUGCCAGAAAUUGCCAAAAAAGUAUGACUUUUUUGUUUAAAUAGCAAACAAAAUUCAUAUUUUGCAAAAAAAAUGUUGAAAUCUGUCACUUUUUUUUAAGAAAAAAAAUCCAGAAGUUUCAAUUUUUUUUACACGUUAAAGAGUGUUGUGGUUUUACAAAAAUUUGACAAAAAAAUCUCAAUUUUUGGCUAAGUGGCACUUUCCACAAAAAUUACUAAAAAGAUCCGUUUUCUUCAAAAAAAUCAAAAUUUUCACUUUUUUGAUGAAAAUUGAAAAAAAUAUAUAAUAUUUUCACCCCCAGAAUAAGUUUUAAUUUUUUUUACACGUUAAAAAGUGUUGUGUUUUUACAAAAAUUUGACAAAAAAUCUCAAUUUUUGGCUAAAUGGCACUUUCUACAAAAAUUACUAAAAAGAGUCGUUUUCUUAAAAAAAAUCAGAAUUUUUACUUUUUUGAUGAAAAUUAAAAAAAAGCUUAUAAUUUUUUCACCCCCAGAAUAGGUUUUAAUUUUUUUUACACGUUAAAAAGUGUUGUGUUUUUACACAAAUUUGACAAAAAAUCUCAAUUUUUGGCUAAAUGGCACUUUUUCCAAAAAAAAAGAUUCGUUUUUUUUUCAAAAAAAAUCAAAAUUUUCACUUUUUUAAUGAAAAUUUCAAAAAAAAAUUAUAAUUUUUUCACCACAAAAAGCAUUUGUUUUCAGUACGAAAAAGUUUUGUUAUUUUUGCCAAAUAUUCGGAAAAGGUCUCACUUUUUUUCCAAAUGUUGUCCGAUUAGAAUUGUUUUUUUUUCCUAUAAAAGUUUCUAAAGCUCUCCCUUUUUCUAUGAUUGCCAAAGUCUCACUUUUUCUCCAAAAUUGAUUUAUUUGCUGAAAAUUGCAAAACUGCUUACGUACUUUGUUGCCAAAAAUUGCCAAUUAAAGCGACUUUUUGGGGAGGGGGGGGGAAUUGAGUACGAGCGCUGAUUUUCCUAUUUUGAGUUUGAGUCGAGUGUUUUAUAUGUAUUUGGUUUCAUUGUGAUUCAUUGUUGAUAUACUUAAUAAAUUUUUCUUAUCAA